AUGGUGCUGCCUGUGCUGAAUCAGUGGCCUUUUUCUCUCUUGUUCCUGUCCCUAUGCUCAUUCCUAUUCUCGUCCUCUUCUCGUGUAGUUUUCUCUAUAUAUCUGUUCCCUGCUCCUGCUGGCAUCGAAUCAACUCCCAAGGAAAAUGCCUCUGAGCUCCAAAAUGGACAUAGUUCAGCAGAUGAACUCCAAUAUUCAAUGGUUGAGGACACCUUUGCAGUUCUACCUCCCAUCAAAACAUUAGAUACUCUGAGUCCCCCCAGGGUCAAGCACAAACCCACUGCAAAUCCCAGUCUGAGUGCAUCAACUCUAUCGAGUGCACGCUUGCUAGAACGCUUUACUCACUGGGCAGCCAAGACCAAUCUCAAGUUGAAGUGCUCGUCAUCAGCUCGACGUGUAUACAACAAGGUCUUUCAGUCCAUUGAGGACAAGUCUCACUCAGAGUUCAUGGAGAUUUCUAGUGUUGGACCAGAGGAAUAUGCAGCAAUAGAACAGAUUUGGGGUUGA